AUGAGCGUCCGGGUAGUCGCGCGGGUCCGACCGCUUCUCAAAUCGGAACGGGAGUUAGAUGUCAUCCUACGCACCGGGUCGUCCAACCAGGCAGUGCCCGGCAAGAGCGAUAAGACGAGCUCCCAGGGGAAAGGCGCACUGGCAGCCUUGAGGGAUCGGGAUAACCUAGUGCGGAUCCCGAACCCCAAGAACGAAGGCGAAGAAUACUCGUUUCAGUUCAAUGCUGUCUACGAUGCAGAAGCUUCGCAGCAGGAGCUCUUCGAUGCAGAGGUUGCUCCUACUGUCAAGCAUCUCUUCAAUGGCUUCGACGUAACGAUAUUCGCAUACGGGGUUACAGGAACUGGAAAGACGCACACAAUGCGAGGCGGUAAAAGUCUGGCUGAUCGUGGCGCCAUUCCUCGUCUCCUGAGCAGCAUUUACAGACGCAGCCGGAAGAUGGAGAAGGACAGUGACGGCGAAACUACAGUCAAGGUGUCGUUGAGCUACUACGAAAUUUACAACGACAAGGUUUUCGACCUAUUCGAACCCCCCGAGAAGAGGACGCUGGCAGGUCUACCUCUUCGAGACAACGGCGGCAAGACAGUCGUCGUGGGUUUGACGGAGAGGCCAUGCCAUACUCUGAAGGAAUUCGAGCUAUUGUAUGAUCAAGCCAAUACCAACAGGUCCACAUCUGCAACAAAGCUUAACGCCCACUCUUCACGGUCCCAUGCCAUCCUCUGCGUGCGCGUCGCAGUCACCACCGGAGAUAAAACGCGCAUCAGUACCGCAUCUGCUAUCGACCUUGCUGGCUCCGAAGAUAACCGCCGGACGGAUAAUGACAAAGAGCGCAUGGUUGAGUCCGCUAGUAUCAACAAGAGCCUUUUCGUCCUGGCUCAGUGUGUCGAGGCAAUCAGCAAGAAGCACUCGAGGAUACCGUAUCGAGAGUCGAAGAUGACGAGGAUUCUGUCUCUGGGACAAAACAAUGGACUGACUGUGAUGAUCUUGAACCUGGCGCCGGUCAGGUCCUACCAUCUGGACACAAUAAGCUCACUCAACUUCGCCAACCGCACGAAGAAGAUCGAAGUGCGCGAGGUAGAAAACGAGCCAAUGUUCAAGGGGCCUCCUAGACCAGCAUCGCGGCCCUCGUUUACAGCCCAACGGCAACCCCUGCGGCCUCUGACAGCUUCCGUGAACGUAAACCUGACUGUCGCAGCCAAAGACAACACCAAGACCCUCGAAAAGCCCGCAAAGGCUUUCCACGUCUACUCGGAUAAGACGCACCCUAGGACUACCACACAGUUCAAGAAGUCCGAGCCCCCUAAGCGGACUUCCAUGAGCUCCCGGCCUUCUUUGAGUUCCGAUAUCUCCCGCCUCUCAUCGAAGCCUUCUCGUCUCGCUCAACCAACACAGCAGCCUCAAAAGCACCAUGACGACAUCUCCGCGGCCAUGAUCGAAGAGAUGGUAGAGAAGAAGGUCGAGGAGAUCUUGGCUGUGCGCGCCGUUAGUGAGCAGUCGAGACAAACGCAGGUCCGCGAACUGAACGAGCAAGUCCAGCGGCGUCUGCAACUUCUCGAACAACGCAUCGAAGGCUCCGAAGAUGCAAGGGCCGAAGGUUUGUCAUACUUGCUCAUGGCCAAGCAACACCAAACACGUGGCGAGGAUAGCUUCGCUCUCAGGAUGUACCAGCUAGCCCUGCCAUACUUCCCGGACAAUGAGAAGUUAUCCAGGAAGAUUGCCAGCUUGAAGGAGCGUAUGCACGGCAAACCGCGCCAGGACGCCGACACCACCGGCACCAUCGGCCACUCCGGGCCCAAGAGAGAGCUCGGCAGUAUGCUAUCCCUUAAGAAGCAGCCCGCCAAGACGCACCUCAAGCGCGUUGCUGAAGACUCGGACGCGGAUUACGAGGAACCCGAAGCGUCCCUCGAACAAUUCAGCGACGAAGACAUCGAGGAAAUCACCCACGCAAGACGCAAGAAGCGCACAAAGACCAAGUCCCCACUGGACGACGAACGCGCCAGCGUCGACAUGAUGAACGAGGAACCACCCUCCCCACGGACCAUCCACCUCCUCUCCAUCAUCAACUCCCGUGACGUCAGCCAGAUCAAGUUGCUGAAAGGCGUGGGAGUUAAGAAGGCCGAGGCUAUCGUUGACUGCUUGUGCGAGAUGGAUCAACACACAGCUAGCCAAGAUGAAGAAGCGCGAUUCCACAUCAACAGCCUUGCGGAGCUGAGCCAGCUCAAGGGUGUGGGUGUGAAGAGUGUCCAGAGCAUGCGAAACGGAGUUCUGGUAUAACAGUACAGACAUUGUGCAUUGUUUCUGCGUUUGGAGCUGGGAGUAUCACUAUAUACAGUGUCACCUUGCAUUUCCUGUUCUUUGCUUGCUAGCAUACCUGUUUUCUUGUGACUUUAUCAUUCAUUGCCGUGGCUUUGCACUGCACAGCGAAGGUGUUUGGGAGUUGAAAGAGAGGAUCGAAUCGAAACAUCUAUAUAGGCAUCU